ACUCGAUGCGUUUCCCGGGUUAAAACGGUGGGCCCGGCAACAGCUAUUCGGAGCGCCCUUGGAGCCAACGGUGGAACCCAAAUACCCAACUAGGCAAAUCAGAUCAACCUUCUGCAGUGUUCUUUCCCACUCCGACUUCUCUGCAAUUCCAGUUCCCAGCUCCGGUUCGAUCCCUUUCAAUUGCAGUUGAUGUUCAGCGGAUUCCCAGGGGGCCGAAUCUACAGUCCAUUCUCAACUCAAAUCUCGUAUUCCGAAUUUUAGAAUCGUUGUUUUAAUUAUUGUUGCGGAGAUUAGCUUAAUUUGGCGUGUGUUGAGGUGUGAUUGUGGGUUUUUAGUGAUAUGGUGGACUUUGGACAUUUAGUGAUGUGAAUGUGAUAUCGGGAGUGCUAGAUCAAGGUGCUUGAUUGAAGAUAUGGCGUGGUUUAGUGGGAAAGUCUCUUUGGGGAAUUUCCCGGAUUUUGCUGGGGCGGUGAAUAAGCUGAGUGAGAGUGUUAAAAAUAUCGAGAAGAAUUUUGAUAGUGCCCUUGGCCUCGAGGAGAAGUCGGAUGCUACUGGUAGCAGUAGUGAAGCAUCUGGGUUAUGGCCAUCAGCUACAGACCGGAAGGCCUUGUUUGAACCCAUCAUGGGAUUUAUGGGGCAGAAAGGUGAGGAGGGUACUGUUGAAUCAUCUGAAAAGCCUAAUUCCUCAAAGCCUACAUCACCUGUAAAGGAAGAACCAGUUAAGAAUGAUAGUUCAGCCAAUCAUGCAAGUGAAGAAAUCUCAUAUGAAGAGGAAGCCAGUGGAAAGGUAGAAAAGGAAGAUGCAGAGACAAGAUCUACAGAGGAAAUACAAGAUAGCAGUGGGGAGCCAGAAGAUAAAGCUGCUGCCCACAGUGAAACUGAGUUGGUUUCACCUUCGAUUCCUCUUGAAGUAUCUGAACAAAAACCUAUGCAGGUUGCUCAAACAGAAUCUGUAAACAAUCUUCAAGAGGAGAGGUCAGAAGAAGCACUGCCCACAUUGUUGGAGUCAAUACAACCAGAAUUGACAAGUCAUAUGGGUCAAGUGGAAGUUAGUGCUUCCAUGCCUAGAAAGGAUGAUGCUACUGGUUUGCCUGAGAGUAUACAUGAACAGAAGGAACAUGAAGUAGAAGUCAAAGAAGCUUUUCAAGCUCAAGCUCCAGAUGCAUCAUCUGAUGGCCAAGAUGAAAGCGUAGAGUCAUUCAUUCCUGAUUCUUCUCAUAAGACUGGAGAUGCUGAAGACAAGUCCAGAGAAAACUUGCCCACUUUACAUACUAACGACAUUGAAGCUUCAGAAGCAGCCUCUGAUUUGGUUGCACAUCAGGAUUCAACCAUUGCUGAAUCAGUUCAGCUGAAGCAGCACUCAGAUGAUGACAGUGAUGCAAAAGAACAACGUCUGAGUGCCAUGACAAACUCGUCUGAUGUUACAGAUUCUGUGGCUGAAUUGGAGAGAGUGAAGAAGGAAAUGAAAAUGUUGGAAACUGCAUUGCAAGGAGCUGCUAGACAAGCUCAGGCCAAGGCUGAUGAAAUUGCAAAGUUGAUGAAUGAAAAUGAGCAGCUAAAAGCUGUAAUUGAUGAUCUGAGGAGAAAAACAAGUGAAGCUGACAUUGAAUCUCUACGAGAAGAGUAUCAUCAGAGGGUGGCAGCACUUGAGAGAAAGGUUUAUGCUCUUACUAAGGAAAGGGAUACACUGCGUAGAGAACAGAGUAAGAAAAGUGAUGCUGCGGCUCUUUUGAAGGAAAAGGAUGAAAUAAUCAGCCAAGUGAUGGCCGAAGGUGAAGAGCUGUCAAAAAAGCAAGCUGUGCAAGAAUCUCAGAUAAGAAAGUUAAGGGCACAAAUCAGAGAGCUUGAGGAAGAGAAGAAAGCAUUGCUUACAAAGCUACAGGCUGAAGAGAGUAAAGUAGAGAGCAUAAAAAGAGAUAAGACAGAAACUGAAAAGUUGCUUCAAGAAACUGUAGAAAAACACCAAGCUGAACUUGCAACUCAAAAGGAAUACUAUACAAAUGCUCUGAAUGCAGCGAAGGAAGCUGAAGCAUUAGCAGAGGCACGUGCAAACACUGAAGCAAGAACUGAACUGGAAAGUCGUCUGAGAGAGGCUGAGGACCGUGAGAGUAUGCUAGUUCAAACACUUGAAGAACUAAGGCAAACUCUGAGCAGAAGGGAGCAGCAGGCAGUUUUUAGAGAAGAUAUGCUUCGCAGGGACAUUGAGGAUCUUCAAAAGCGAUAUCAAGCAAGUGAGCGUAGAUGCGAGGAGUUAAUAACCCAAGUUCCUGAUUCUACAAGGCCUCUUUUAAGGCAGAUUGAAGCAAUGCAGGAAACAGCUGCUAGAAGGGCUGAAGCUUGGGCUGCUGUUGAAAGAUCUCUAAACUCACGACUUCAGGAAGCAGAGGCCAAAGCUGCAGCUGCAGAGGAAAAGGAGCGUUCUAUAACUGAGCGUUUAAUGCAAACUCUAUCUCGAAUAAAUGUUCUUGAAGCUCAGAUAUCAUGCCUUAGGGCUGAGCAGACACAGCUAACAAAAUCUCUGGAAAAGGAGAGACAGAGGGCAGCAGAAAACAGACAGGAAUAUCUUGCUUUGAAGGAGGAAGCCGACACUCAAGAAGGUCAUGUGAAUCAGCUAGAAGAAGAAAUUAGGGAACUCAAAAGAAAGCACAAGGAGGAAUUGCAUGAAGCACGGACACAUCAGGAACUUCUGCAACAGUCGAGUCGAUCAGGAAAGGGGUGCUCACCUUCAUUCUCCUGCUAUUCCUGGUCAAGGCCCUAUACUGAGGCAAAAGUCCGCUGCACUUGAAAAUGGCCUGGUUCGUAAGCUUUCAAGUGCAAGCAGCUUGAGCGGUAUGGAGGAAAGCUAUUUUCUGCAAACAACUUUGGACUCAUCUGAGAAUUUAUCUGAACAUAGAAGUGUAGGAGACGGUACAAUGAGUCCCUAUUUUAUGAGAAGCAUGACAUCAAGCACUUUCGAAGCAGCCCUUCGUCAAAAGGAGGGGGAGCUAGCUUCUUACAUGUCUAGAUUGGCAUCUAUGGAAUCCAUUCGUGACUCUCUCGCUGAAGAGUUGGUUAAAAUGACUGCACAGUGUGAAAAAUUGCGGGCAGAAGCUGCUACCCUUCCUGGAAUACGAGCUGAACUAGAAGCACUUAGACGGAGACACUCAGCGGCUCUGGAGUUGAUGGGAGAACGCGAUGAAGAGUUGGAAGAGCUUCGUGCAGACAUUGUUGAUCUAAAGGAAAUGUACAGAGAACAAGUAAACUUGCUUGUGAACAAGAUCCAAGUUCUAAGUUCAUCUAUUGGCGCUGCCAGAUAGUACAUCGAGCAAACUUCACAGGCCUAUUUCAUUUUGUCAAAAUCUGAUGAUACAGUAGUACAUGUAUUAUAAGUUUGCAUCAAUUGGUUAUAAAAAAUUUUCUUCUCGCACUUCAACUUGCUCGACUGAUAAUCCCCCCACCCCAAGUAUUGUUAUUUGGAGCAUAAAAAUGUUGUAUAGUACGCAUGCUAGUGUACGUCAUAUCUUAAGCUUUUGAAAAGUUAUAAUUCAUCCGAUAUAUACAUACAUAUAUAU